GUUCAUUGAAAUCGAACGAAUUAAUAAUGAAAGACGGUCACGCGACAUAUGUGAAUGUGACACCCCUUCACCUCUUCCAGUUCACCUGACGUUAGCCACUGUGUCCAGUAUUCCACCCUUCCAUAAUUCAGGAAAAGUCGACUUAUUAUAAAUGGUGAAGUGAUAGUCCGUUUUUUAGUUUGGCAUGGCAGAGAACGUUAAAGUCAUUGUAAGAUGUCGACCUAUGAACAGAAAAGAAAUAGACUUGAAUUGUCAGUGCGUGGUGAAUAUCCAGAACUGCGUAGUAGAAACAUGGGACCCAAACGAAGGAUCGUCUUUUCCAAAACAAUUUACCUUCGAUUCAACUUACGGUCAGGAUUCAACCACAGAGGUUAUUUAUAACGAUAUAUGCUACCCUCUCGUUGAGAGUGUCUUAGAAGGAUACAAUGCGACGAUAUUUGUCUACGGCCAAACGGGGUGCGGAAAGUCAUUCACGAUGGAAGGGAUCAAAGACAAUCCAGCCCAAAAAGGAGUCAUCUCCAGAGCUUUUGAACACAUUUUCGAAGCGAUCUCCGUUGCUAGCGGGAUUAAAUAUCUCGCACUUGUCAGCUAUUUGGAGAUAUAUAACGAACAUAUCAGAGAUUUACUAUUGUGUUCGGAAAAGCUCAACGGAACACCUUUGACAUUGAAAGAAUCACCCAAUGAAGGUGUCACUGUACCAGGAUUGACGAGUCAUCCUGUCCAUAAUGCUGCCGAAUGCGAACAUCUGUUGAACCUCGGCUCAAAAAAUCGUAUGAUCGGUGCCACAUUGAUGAACCAAAAUAGCUCUAGGUCUCAUAGUAUUUUUACAAUAAGCAUAGAACAAAUUAGCAACGUUAAUAACAAUGAAUGUAUUAUGAAAGGCAAACUGAAUCUAGUCGACCUGGCUGGAUCAGAACGUCAGACCAAAACCGGGGCAACUGGAGAAAGACUGAGAGAAGCCACUAAAAUUAAUUUGUCAUUAAGUGCGUUAGGAAAUGUUAUAUCGGCUCUCGUUGACGGAAAAGCCAAACAUAUACCUUACAGAGAUUCCAAACUGACUAGGCUACUGCAGGAUUCCUUAGGUGGCAAUACAAGAACGCUCAUGGUAGCUUGUAUAAGUCCUUCCAGUAGGGACUACAUGGAAACCCUGUCUACUCUCAGAUAUGCGAAUAGGGCCAAAAACAUCCACAACAAACCGAAAAUCAACGAGGACCCCAAAGACGCUAUUCUGAGACAGUACCAAGAAGAAAUCGACAGACUAAAAGCUCUUCUUCAAGACAACCAAAAUAGGGACAUAUCGGACGAAUUCGAAUUGAUUCCAUAUCCAGAAAUAAACAAAAACGUCCAAUCGCAUAACGCGGAGCUUGACGCAAAACGCGAUAGACUUCUGCAAGAAUACCAAGAUGAAAUGCGGAAGUUGAAAAACCUUCACGAGAGCGAAAAACAAGAAAAGGAAUCAAUACUCAAGCAGAUCGAAACUAUCAAAGCAGAGUACAACAGGAAUAUUAAAAAGCUGAACGAGGAAAUUGAAGAAAAAAAGAGUAAGAAACAGUUAUGUUCGCAAGAAGAGAUUCUGAACAGGAUUGAGGCGUUGAAAGCUGCUAUGAUUGGAGGGGAACGAGCGAAUGAUAAGGAGCUAUCCGAGAGGAGGAAACGGAAGAAAAUGGAAGCUGAAAAACGGGCCAGCGUGAUAGCCCACCUUUUGGCAAAGAUCGACAUGAACGAAGAUCGCGAACUUCUGCACAACCAAUACAAAGACAUCAGUCAAGAGUUGAGCUUGAAAACAGAUGCUUUAAGGAAAUACCGACAUAGAGUGAAAGUUUUAGAAAAGGAAAUCUCGGACAUCCAGAGCGAGUUCGAGACUGAGAGGCAAGAUUAUUUAGAAGCAAUCCGAAAACAGGACAGACAGGUGAAACUAUUGACGCAGAUCUCUGAGAAGUUGGCUGGCAAUUUGAGGAAAGAGUGUAAUUAUAGCGAUCUGGAAUCGAUAAAAGAACAGACUGUAUGGUUGGACGAGUCGCAAAAAUACAAACUUCCAGAAUUGAUUGUAACAAGAACGCGACUACCUCCACCAGGUAUAGUAUGAGGAUUUCUCAUUUAAAAAAAUAAUAAUUCCACAUGUAUUUUUUUAAUAACAAUCAAAUCAUGAUACGCAGGCCGUGUAGACGAUAUUCAAACAGCACCAGCGAGACUACUUCAAUCUGAGGAGGAUUCCCUAACUGGUAAAACGUUCAAUAAUCGAGAACGAUUGAAAAAGGUGAACUAUUUGAAUAAACCGUUUCGGUGUGAUUGGCUUAUUUUUAUUGCUUUUCGUGAAAUUUUAACAAUCCUCAAAAUUCUUCGCCAUCACGCGUAUUCCUCUCAGAACCAGACUUGUCAGAAAGCAUUUUAAAGUGCUUUCCGAAAUAUUAUGGACAUUUGCCAAGAGUUAAAUACCGUUUGAGUGAAUCGUUAGACAUUUUUAUUUGUUUCUUUUGCACGCUGCUUUGCGUAUGGCACAGGGCAAUUGACACCCAACGAUUUUGAAAGACAAGGUGCUCCCUACUUCUUCAACGAUGAAGAGGUAAAAAUGUUUUAUCAAUCUACACGUAGAAAUGUUAUUCUCGCACGUCUUCAUGCAGGAUAUAUUUCGGGUAUGUAAUCGAGAAAAAUUUCAAAAUAGAAAUGGACGUUUAUCGUGGAUUACAUGUUUCCGGGAUGUGUGUCAUGGAACUUGGUUGUGCUUUCCGAUUACAAACUCACUACGAGGGAUGUCUUUUAAGUUUUGCAUAUAGAAACAUAGUAGGCCGCGCCAGUACUGAAUCUUGAUCUCACUCCUUAGUGGACUUAAAUUCAAAGUCUCACUACAGUAAAUUUUUAAAUGUUACCAAGUCAUUAGAAAAAUGGAACUCAACCGAGAACAUUUUCGCGCCCUCUUGCUGAGUUACUGUCUGUUUUCGGCUACGAAGCGCCCCAUGAGUCGACAAGAAAACGUGGAAUUGUUGGACCAUCCUCCAUAUAUAGUCCCGAUCUAAGUCCUAACGAUUUCUUUACUUUCCC